GUAUUCGUGGAUCGUGCGGCGAUGUUCUUGGUAGAUUGGUUCUACGGCGUGCUCGCAUCGUUAGGUCUAUGGCAGAAAGAAGCCAAGAUCUUGUUUCUAGGUCUCGAUAAUGCCGGUAAAACCACCUUGCUUCACAUGUUGAAAGACGAGAGAUUGGUGCAGCAUCAACCAACUCAGCAUCCAACCUCUGAAGAGCUUAGCAUUGGCAAAAUCAAAUUCAAGGCUUUUGACUUGGGCGGUCAUCAAAUUGCACGAAGAGUGUGGAAAGAUUACUAUGCUAAGGUUGAUGCUGUGGUCUACCUAGUGGAUGCUUAUGACAAGGAGAGAUUUGCAGAAUCAAAAAAGGAGCUUGAUGCACUUCUCUCAGAUGAAUCCUUAGCCACUGUCCCAUUCCUCAUCCUAGGGAACAAAAUCGACAUACCUUACGCUGCAUCUGAGGACGAGCUUCGAUUCCAUCUUGGUCUCUCCAAUUUCACAACUGGUAAAGGCAAAGUGAAUCUAACUGAUUCGAAUGUGAGACCAUUGGAGGUGUUUAUGUGCAGCAUUGUUAGAAAAAUGGGAUAUGGUGAAGGCUUCAAGUGGCUCUCUCAAUACAUCAAAUAGAUCGCCCUAUCCCUUUGAGUUCCUCUAUAGAAUCUAUAUGUCUGUUUUCCGUAAUUUGCUUCUUGUACUGUUUUCUCAUAUUUUGCUUCUCGUACUUUAGCUCUCUAUCUUGUAUUUAGAUUCGUAUUCUGAAUAUAUCAUCAGUUUCAUG